CUUUUUUUUUUCACAGCUAUCAGUUUCUUUCACUAAGCCUUCUGAAACCUGAACCUCUGCAGAAUACUAAACACUUGGGCCUUACCUACAGACAUGGACAACUGUAUGUAUGCUCUCAUUUUAUAGAACUUGAAAUUCUUUUCUUAAGGAAGGAGUCAACUCUGGCCUUGAGUGUUUGGCAUGGGUAUUAAGGCUUAAAAACGCAGAUGACCAGCUUAGCUACUGACCAUGCCGACCACUGUCUGGAAUCGGAUCAAAUUAAAGAAAAACAACGAAUGGCUCUCUCUUACAGAAUACUCGAACAACGCACAAUUCCUGAGCACAUUUUGCAGAGCUCAUUUGACCACUUGAUCUCUUCUAACUGGUCUGGAUUACAGACAGAAUCGAUACCAGAUGAAAUGAAACAGAUUGUUGAGGAACAGGGAAAUAAGCUGCACUGGGCAGCUCUUCUGAUACUCAUGGUGAUAAUACCCACAAUUGGUGGAAACAUCCUUGUUAUUCUGGCUGUUGCACUGGAGAAAAAGUUACAGUAUGCUACCAAUUAUUUCCUAAUGUCACUGGCAGUGGCUGAUUUGCUAGUUGGAUUGUUUGUGAUGCCGAUUGCCCUCUUGACAAUAAUGUUUGAGGCUAUGUGGCCCCUCCCACUCGUUCUAUGCCCUGCCUGGUUAUUUCUUGACGUUCUUUUUUCUACUGCAUCCAUCAUGCACCUUUGUGCCAUUUCAGUGGAUCGUUACAUAGCCAUCAAAAAGCCAAUCCAGGCCAAUCAAUAUAACUCACGAGCUACAGCAUUCAUCAAGAUUACAGUGGUGUGGUUAAUUGCAAUAGGCAUUGCCAUUCCAGUCCCUAUUAAAGGUAUAGACACUGAUGUAGGUAACCCAAACAACAUCACUUGUGGGCUGACAAAGGAUCGCUUUGGCAAUUUCAUGCUCUUUGGCUCAUUGGCUUCCUUCUUUACACCUCUGGUGAUCAUGAUUGUCACCUACUUUCUCACUAUCCAUGCUUUACAGAAGAAAGCUUACUUGGUCAAAAACAAGCCACCUCAACGCCUAAUGUGGUUGACUGUGUCCACAGUUUUCCAAAGGGAUGAAACAACUUGCUCAUCACCAGAAAAAGUGGCAAUGCUGGAUGGUUCUCACAAGGACAAAACCCUCCCCAAUGCAAGUGAUGACAUACUUAUGCGAAGAACGUCCACAGUAGGAAAAAAGUCAGUGCAGACCAUUUCCAAUGAACAGAGAGCCUCAAAGGUUCUAGGGAUUGUGUUUUUCCUCUUUUUGCUUAUGUGGUGCCCCUUUUUUAUUACAAAUAUAACUUUAGUUUUAUGUGAUUCCUGCAACCAGACUACUCUCAAAAUGCUCCUAGAGAUAUUUGUGUGGAUAGGCUAUGUUUCCUCAGGGGUGAAUCCUCUGGUCUACACCCUCUUCAACAAGACAUUUCGGAAUGCAUUUGGCCGGUACAUCACCUGCAAUUACCGGGCCACAAAAUCAGUAAAAACUCUCAGAAAAUGCUCCAGUAAUGUGUACUUCCAGAAUCCAAUGGCAGAGAACUCUAAAUUUUUUAUGAAACAUAGAAUGCAAAAUGGCAUUAAUCCUGCCAUGUACCAGAGCCCAAUGAGGCUCCGAAGUUCAACCAUUCAGUCUUCAUCAAUCAUUUUACUAGAUACACUUCUCACCAAAAAUGAAGGUGACAAAACUGAAGAGCAAAUCAGUUAUGUAUAGAGUAAUGGCACAGUUUUUAGGUAACUAAUAUAAUGAUGAAUAAGAUAAAGAAGAUAUACCAAGAAUUACAUAAAGAAGAACUUUAUAUCAUGUAUCAAAAAUCAUCUCUUUAAAUUAAGAAUUAUGUAUUAAGAUUAUCCAAUUUUCUUUAUUUGGGCAAAAUUAUUC